AUGAGGUAGGAAGUAGAACGUAGUGUGUCGCACAGCAGUGACGUUUCGCGAUGGUCAGACUUUCCUUCGCAGCCACCGUGACGCCAACUUGUGGGCUUAGUAGCAGCGGAGAAAUUUGUCUGGAGGCUUCGCAGAUCAGUCAGACUCGUUGGGUGAGGCAGUCUUGACUUUCUUGUUCCUGGUCUCGAAGGCGAUUGAUAACUGCUAUGACGGAUCCAGACAUUCUCACUGAGGUCCCAGCUUCUCUGAAACGCCUUGCUAAGUAUGUAGUACGUGGCUUUUAUGGUACUGAACAUGCUUUGGCCUUGGACAUUCUAAUUCGGAACCCAUGUGUAAAGGAGGAAGACAUGUUGGAGCUUCUGAAGUUUGAUCGGAAGCAGCUGCGAGCAAUUCUCAACACUCUUAAAGGUGACAAAUUUAUCAAAUGCAGAAUGAGAGUGGAGACAGCUCCAGAUGGGAAGACCACCAGGCACAAUUUCUACUUUAUUAAUUACCGCCUACUGGUCAAUGUGGUGAAGUAUAAGUUGGAUCACAUGAGAAGGAGAAUUGAGACAGAUGAAAGAGACUCCACCAACCGAGCCUCCUUCAGGUGUCCUAUUUGUUCCAGUACCUUCACAGAUUUAGAGGCAAAUCAGCUGUUUGAACCUAAUACAGGAAUUUUUCGCUGCACAUUUUGUGAGACUGAAGUGGAAGAAGAUGAAUCUGCAAUGCCUAAAAAGGAUGCAAGGACUCUUGUGGCCCGAUUUAAUGAACAGAUAGAACCUAUUUAUGCAUUGCUUCGUGAGACUGAGGAUGUUAAUUUAGCUUAUGAACUACUUGAGCCUGAGCCUAUGGAGAUUCUUGCACUGAAGCAGAGCAAAGAACGAGCUGUUGCUGCAUUAGGAAAUAGUAGUUUACCAAGUGGGCAGCACAGAGAAGCCUGGACAACAAAGGGUCCUUCUUAUGGGGAUAUGUAUACUCAGAAUGUAAUUAUUAACAUGGAGGAUCAAGAAGAUACACAUCAGCCAGCAAAUGAAGGGAAGCCACCCAGAGAGAGGCCAGUCUGGCUGCGGGAAAGCACAGUGCAAGGCGCUUAUGAUCCUAAUGAGGUCACAGAAGGUGGCCAAGACAUAAACAUGUUACAGGAAGAUGAAGAGGGACAGGCAGCACUAGAUAAUAAUGAAGAGGUAAUGCGUGCUCUGCUCAUCCAUGAGAAGAAAACCUCAUCUGUCUCUACGGCUGCUAUGGGAGGGAUCGCUCCUUUGUCUGGCACAAAUGCCAGUGAUUCUGAGAGUGAGACCAGUGAAUCAGAUGAGGACUCCCUUCCCUGUGCGGCCACUGCUGCAACAACACUCUAUGGGCUGGCAGACGACAACGAUGAGGAUGAGUUUGAGGUAGUGACUGAAGAUCCCAUUGUUAUGGUGGCGGGACAUCCAUUUUCUUAUAGUCAAGUAAAUCAGCGGCCAGAGCUCGUGACACAGAUGACUCUGGAGGAGAAAGAGCAAUAUAUAGCUAUGGGCCAGCGCAUGUUUGAGGAUAUGUUUGAUUAACUUCUUCCUGCCUGAAUAGCAGUGAUAGAUAAUCUUCAACUGGAAAUUCUGAAACAGCAAAAGAUUGAAUUAGAACCAAACAGAAGGACCAAAGAUCAGAAGGAGCAGCCACAAAUGCAGGAAGAUGUGAGAAACCUAUAGGCAAUCCAGAUGUGCUCUCCCUCAUAUUUGCACAUGUGCACAUGCCCCUGUGUUUAGUCUACAAGUUUUCCAUUGCAUUAUACUUAAUUUUUUGUUUUUUGCCUGGAAAAUCUGAAUGCUCUUUUGAUGGCUUGUUUUUCUUUCUUCAAAAAAGGAUUGUAGAAGGCAUUACUUUCAGUUUACUGGAUUCUGAAAAUAACUGCUUGCACCACAUACUUACUUACUGCCUUGCAAGCAUGGUGAAUAUACCAGGUCCUUAUUUCCAGCAGGCUGACAAGCUGACAAGAUAAAUGUUUGUCUGCCAUAUAUCUUUGGGGAGGGCGGGGAAACAGAGAACCUGUGACCACAGAGAGCAUAAAUACAAUCAUGUUAAUCAGUGAGUAUUUGGUGACUACAGUGUACAUUUUUUCUGGAGAGGAAGACAUUCUGAGGAUAGGGAGCCAUUUGAGUUAUUGUUAAAGAAGGAGAAGAAAAACCCAGAAUUCAGAUAACACAAUCUUACCAAAUGUGUCUGCCUUUAAAAAAAAUGCAUAUCAGUGAGUGACUCUUCUCUGCUAAUUUAGCAGAUUUUUAAAUUUUUCAUUUAAUAAUUUCAUCUGCCAUGCUAUAAUUUCCAAUGAGGUAACUUUUCAUUAAAAUAUAACUUGGAUCAUUUUCCCACCUUUUCCAAAAGUGGUCUUAUACAUCCCAUUGGUGGAUGGUUAGCCUAUUUGAAUAAAGCCUCACUUGGUUUACAGAAAGACUAGAGCAAAAACAUGUUUCUUUACAUGUUAUGUAAUCCAUGAGGAAAAGGCAAAAAUAAAAAAGUUGCCUCAUAACAGACAAUAAAGAGGAAAGCAGGAUGUUGCCUUUCUUGAAAUCUGUACUCUGUCCAGUAAAAUAUAUUUGUCAUGACUAGGAACUACCAUCCAAGUAAAUUGUGGGGACAGCAAUAUGUUAUUUUAAUAGAAAUCUAAACAGUUUUAGUAUUUUUAAAAAAUUAUGCAGACUUUUGUUAGAAGUCACUGUAGAGCAUGACAUAGUUUAUUUUAAUAUUUCAAUGGUACCUAUAUGCACAAAUUCAAUUUUGUAAUAUUUUACCUUUCUAAAACACCUACAACUUUUAAAAAAAUCAUUGUGCAUUUAUUUGGAACAGCAGUGGGCUAUUGGUAAAAGAAUUGUGUAUUUCAAAGCUCUAGCAUUUAUUGCAUAUUCCAUUUUAGUAUACCAGAAUGGUACAAGUUAACAGGCUUGUAAAUUGAAAAGCUACUAUAUAGUGACCAUGUGUGUUGCCUAUGAGGUUUCUUUUAUGACUUUCAGAGAGUUUGAUAGAGUCAAAUUUUGUUUCUUCUACUUUAAAAUAAAUUUUAAAAAAAGAAUAAUUUGAUGCCUUCAUUAAGGACCAUUGUUUUUUAACUUACAAAUAAGCAUUCUAAA